UCUUUAAUUAUUAUUAUUAAGCAUUACUCAUGUUCAGGCCGUUUCAAAAGGAAAAGAAUGAGUUUACAAAUUCUCGUAGGGCUCAUACCAUUAUGUCACCAGAAGAUAUGGCAGCCGGUAAAAAAUCCUAUUGGCCAGAGUUGGAGAUAACAGGAACAAAUUGUAAUCUCAGUCCGGCACUCUGGAAAAUGAAUCAUUUAACUUCUCUGUACCUGAAUGAUAACAAUUUGUCCCACAUCCCUCCAGAGAUUGCUAGACUUAGUUGCCUCACUCAUCUAGAUGUAUCAUCUAAUAAAUUAAGACAUUUACCACCUGAACUUGGUGAUAUUGUUUCAUUGAGUGAAUUGUUGCUCAAUAACAACUUUCUUCGAAGCCUCCCAUUUGAACUUGGAAGAUUAUUUCAACUAAGCAAUCUUGGUUUAAAAGGCAAUCCACUCUCUCCUGAACUUUUUGUCAUUUAUAGUGAAUCAAAUGGGACUCAAAAGUUGCUAUCAUUUCUUCUAGAUAAUCUUUCAGUUACAUCUUCAGAACCACCUGAAAGACCAUGGGUAACAAUUAAUCCUCCAACAAGAACACGGCCAGCGUGUGUUUUUACUGUGAUGUGUUAUAAUGUCUUGUGUGAUAAAUAUGCCACAAGACAAAUGUAUGGCUAUUGUCCAAGUUGGGCUCUGUCUUGGGAAUACAGAAGGAAAGGAAUUAUGAAAAUUCGGCAUUACUCUGCAGAUAUAAUAUCACUUCAAGAGAUAGAAACAGAACAGUUUUACAACUUCUUCUUACCUGAAUUAAGACGAGAAGGGUUUAGUGGAAUAUUUUCUCCAAAAUCCAGAGCCAAGACAAUGUCAGAAGGAGAAAGGAAACAUGUAGAUGGAUGUGCAAUCUUUUAUCGUGCUAGCAAGUUUACAUUAAUAAAAGAAUAUCUAGUUGAAUUCAAUCAACUUGCAAUGGCAAAUGCAGAAGGUUCUGAUGAUAUGCUAAACAGAGUUAUGACUAAAGAUAACAUUGGAUUAGCUGCAUUAUUUCAAAUUAAAGAAGGGGCAUAUUCAAAUGGUCUCCAACCAGAAUUGAAUCAUGCACAAUCAAUUCUAGCAUGUACAGCUCAUAUUCAUUGGGAUCCAGAAUUCUGUGAUGUUAAACUUAUCCAAACCAUGAUGCUAAUGCAUGAACUUUAUACUAUUGCUGAAGAAGCCAAUGCAGUAUUUUAUCCAGGUUCUCAGAAACACGAUGUCAACAACAUUCCUCUUCUUCUCUGUGGUGAUUUUAAUUCUCUACCAGAAUCAGGUGUUAUUAGAGAGGUCGUAUCAACUGGUAGAGUUUCUGGCAGUCAUCCUGAUUUUAAAGAUUUUAGAUACAAAGAAAGUUUACGGAAAUUUAAUUAUUGUGAUGCAACAAAUGAAUAUACUCAUCCAUUUCGUAUCACAAGAACAUAUAAUGAUGGAGUGAUGCCAUACACUAAUUACACUUUUGACUUCAAGAGAAUUAUAGAUUAUGUAUUUUAUUCAAAACGACACAUUACUGAAUUGGGAGUAUUAGGUCCGUUGGAUGCCGAAUGGAUGAGAGAUAACAAGAUAGCCGGUUGUCCUCAUCCGCACAUUCCUUCCGAUCAUUUUCCACUUCUGGUGGAGCUUGAGCUAUCUUUGCCUACACCAUCCACCCUCAUAAUCCCAAAUGACCUUAUAUUACAAAGAUAGCAGUGUUAGAAAGAAGAAAUUGUUUAUAUUGUUUAUGGAUAAUAGUUGUCAUCACUGUGGUUUUAAUUCAUGAAAAGAAAUCUUUAUAAAUCAGGACAUAUUUUAAUCAUUUUAUGGCAAUCCCAGCAAGAAAAAUUAUCGUUUCACUGUUUGAAGGACAUCAGGAAUUUAAUCACUAUUUCAUCUUUCAAUCAGAUGAGCUGCAAAUCAAAAUAGUGUAGGCUCUGUAAUGAAGCUCAAAAAUUAUCUGCCAGCCAUACUUUGAAGAUCAUUUUAUUAUCCCAUAAAACAACUCACAAAUGUGAAUAUGAAAUCAAAUACUGCUUUAUGAUCUUUGGUAUACAAAGUAGACUGUAAAGACAAAAAUAGCACAGUUUUUAUGGCAUUGUUCUUAUACGAUACCUGACUGUUUUAUUAAUAUCCCAUUCCCAAAAUUGUGGUGACAGUUUAUAAAAAUUACCUGGGAUAACCUGACAUAAUUGGGGAUUUUUUUCAUUGUUUUUCUUUCCUAUUAUAACUUCUUAUAAAAAAAAUAGAAAAAAAUAAAAAAUUUGGUAGUUAGUAUUUGGUAAAAGGGUGAGUUCUAGAUCAUUCACAGGCUAGUUUAGUUGGGUCAAGA